AAUGGCAACUAACAGAGAAAGGAUGUUGAUGGAGCUGGCGCGAAUUGACAUGGCAGAGGACUUGAUAGUUACCUUUUAUGUUAUGAGACGAGAACAAGAACAGAGGAGGAGACGGAGGCAGAGGUCCAACUACGACAAGCCCUCAACUGCCAGGAUGCCCAUGGACAAAGGACCAUUGCCAUCCACCUCCUCAUCACCUGAGGCCUCCCCCGACCCAUCCACCUCUUCAUCACCUGAGUCCUCCCCCGAGCCAUCCACCUCUUCAUCACUUGAGUCCUCCCCCGAGCCAUCCACCUCUUCAAUACCUGAGGCCUCCCCCGAGCCAUCCAUCCCCUCACCCGAGGUCUUUGUCCAGGCAUCCACUUCAGCUUCUCUGCGGCCCAGUUUACCGGCUUCGUUCACCCCGUCCACCGCUCCAGCCUCCAUGAUGCUGCUAUCUCCUCUGUCCCACACAGCAAAAAAGAGGAAAAGAAAGGGGGAGCAUGAUGACGGUGGCCUCGCCCGUGACAGGGGCGAUUUGGAGGAGCGCAGGCUGGCGCUAUUAGGGAACGUGUCGCAGCCAGAUGAAUUCGCCAGAUUUUGCCAAACUGUGGAGGACAUGGUGACAAUGCCACCAGAGAAACGGCCUACUGCGAUGAGCAGGUUAAGCUAUUUGCUUAAGCAUUAUUACUAGUUAGUUUGUAUUUUGCACAUUGUACUUUUGCAUUGUAUUCUUUCUUAUUUUGCACAUUUCUUUCUUCUAUUACUUGUUUUGCAACUU